AUGAAAAUCCAAGCCCUCAAACAGAACAAUCGAACCCUCCAGGAAUACAUCGAGGAGGGCCGUAAGCUUGAGCACUAUAUCACAUUUCGGAGACGACUUUACAAAAUUUGCAUGCGUUAUUCUCUGGGACGCGUUGUGAGUAGGGCUGUCGGCCCCUUGCGAAGUCUGUUCUGGCUGGUUGGAUUUGAUGAUGAGAUGGUUCACGCGAUCGAUGAUCCAGUAACCCGAAGGGCCUCCAGGACAGACUCCAUCGUUAUUGUGCUAUCGACUGUGAACAUUGACUGGGUUAUUGAGCGGCUUGGCUUCGAAGGGAUGCUCCCACAAGAUGUUUAUAACCAGUGCCUUGGAUCGUUGUGA